CGAAAACCCUAGCUACAGGUCUAUAUAUAUUGACACAAUCAAUCCCAAUUCUCUAUCUCUGCAGGGCGCAGCGGCUGCAAACUGGUCACGAUGUCGAAACGAGGACGCGGAGGUUCAGCGGGGAAUAAGUUCCGGAUGUCCCUGGGUCUUCCGGUGGCCGCCACCGUGAACUGUGCGGACAACACCGGCGCAAAGAAUCUUUACAUUAUCUCUGUAAAGGGAAUCAAGGGUCGCCUCAAUCGCCUCCCAUCUGCCUGCGUGGGGGACAUGGUCAUGGCCACCGUUAAGAAGGGUAAGCCGGAUCUCAGGAAAAAGGUUAUGCCCGCUGUCAUCGUUCGCCAGCGUAAGCCUUGGCGCCGAAAGGAUGGAGUCUACAUGUACUUUGAGGAUAACGCUGGUGUGAUAGUGAAUCCGAAGGGAGAAAUGAAAGGUUCUGCAAUUACUGGACCAAUUGGAAAGGAAUGUGCUGACUUGUGGCCAAGGAUUGCUAGUGCUGCAAAUGCUAUAGUGUAGUUCAUUUGCUUAUGUCAACGAUCCAUAAAUUCUACUGCUUGGAGGGUAUGGAGUUUUGUAUUUUCACUACUUGUUAUUCGAGUUUAUAACUUCAUUGGGUCACUUGAAUUUUGUCAUGGUUCUCUCUUUUAUGGUUAAUUAAACUUUUCUGGUUUAUGAAGAGUUAUAGAUAUUUCUGUCAUGUUUGGAUUUGUAUGUUAGUAGGGCUUUAGUCUGACUUGAAAAAAUUCAGGUACGUAUAAGAUCAGGUUCGGUUUGUGUCA